AAAAUUUAUAGCAUUUUCACUGUUUUCAGCAUGAAAAUGAGUAUGGAAAAUCGUGUAACGAUCUAAAGGCCAUUUAAUAUCCGCCUUUUUAUUUUGCGGUGACCAAAAAAUAUUAAUAAAUUAUUUACUUGUGCUAUAAACUAGAAUGAGUGUUAUCAUUAUUCAAUGACUUCAAUGUGAAUAAAGUUUAAAGUACAAAUGUGACCAAUCGUUUACAAAACUUAGUUCCGAUCGCGUUAAUCGUUCCUUAGAUUAAUCAAGGCUUAUCAAACAGUGUUCGUUCGCUUCGUACUUGGGCCACAUUCCACGAUGGGAAACAAAUCGUCUUUGAUGUUGAGAGUAGAAGAAAUAGCUCAAAUUCAAGAGGAAACGGGAUUCACUCCAAACCAAAUUGAGCGCCUAUACUCAAGAUUUACAUCCUUGGACAAAAAUGACUGUGGUACAUUGUCUCGAGAAGACUUUCUCCGUAUUCCCGAACUGGCCAUCAACCCCCUCAGUGAGCGCAUAGUCCACUCCUUCUUUGCUGAGAGCCAUGAUGACCGAGUCAACUUCCUGCAGUUCAUGAGAGUGCUAUCUCACUUCAGGCCUAUUAGAAAGAAUAGGGAGAACAAAUUGAAUAGUCGGGAGGAAAAACUAAGAUUUGCAUUCUCGAUGUAUGAUCUGGACAAUGAUGGUAAGAUCUCCAGGGAUGAGCUGCUGGCUAUACUGCACAUGAUGGUUGGAGUCAACAUCAGCGAAGAGCAGUUGACCAGCAUCGCGGAGCGCACAAUACUCGAGGCCGACACCAACAACGACCAGAUGAUCUCCUUCGAGGAGUUCUGCCACGCGCUGGACCGCACCGACGUCGAGCAGAAGAUGUCCAUCCGCUUCCUCAACUGACCGCCUGGCCCUACUGACUGGCUCUAUUACAGUCAAGUGUAACACGUCUUUUAUUCUAUCAACGCCAAAGACAACUAAUCUAGACGCAAGGUUCAUGUUUGUCGGGCCUUCAUCGACUAGAUCCUAAAUUAUAUGCCCUAUCCUCGUAAAGCUCAUGUUCCUUAGUACUUAUUAAGUUCGAUGAAAAUUUAAUCAUUUACUAUCGGAAUAGAGCUGCUUGUUUUGCUUCGUAAAAUUUUCAAACUAAGCAAAAAUCAACUCUAUUUCCUACAAUAUAGGUUCAAAUUUCACUAGCAAAUUUAGAUGUUUUUCUUGUAUGACUGGGCCUUAAGAGGCUAUAAUAACUGUAGUUCAAAUUGUGUAUUUGAACCGAAAUCAACACAGUUAACUGUCCAUUCGUAAACCUUACUGUAAGUGUUGUUUUAAGUACAUCGUCAAAGUAUUCUUCAUGCUUUGAAACCAGUUUUAUAAAUCUCUAAAUCUUGUAGCAUUAACGUUGGCGUGUGUGGCGUAUGAUCGUAAAAGAUUACACCUUCGUCUAGCAAUUUAGUGUGUAGCGUCGUUACAUUUGACCAUAAACAAUACGCACCCGCAGGCAAGCCGAAGUCAAGUUGACAAUUUUUUUUUAAGGAUGGUAUUACAACUCGUAAUUGUUACUGUUAAAGUUAUUUGAUUCGAACGAUUUUCGCAAAAUUAUAUCUACCGUUAUAUAAGUAGAUCAAAUAGAUCGUGACGCCCAUAGUAGCCAAAUAUAUCGGUGCACUCUUUUGUUACCAUAAAAAUAAGCAUGUGUUGCGAUAUAUUUGGCCACUGGCCGUCACUAUCUAUUUGAUGCUGACUACAACAUACAAAAAGUGAUGUUAAUUUUUGAAAAUACGUUCGUCUCAAAUAAACGUAAUAUUGUGCUCGUUUCGUUACAGUUUGUGUGGAAAACCAUAAUUUGGUGUAUAUAAUAAUAUAAUGGUGAUAUUAUUUAGAUUAAGUUUGAUGGAUUUAAAAUGUGUUUAUGUAUGAAUUUGUAAAUUAUAUCGUAGUUGUAUGGUAGCUGUCAUUGACAUUCGUUUUUGGAUAAUUUAAAUAGAAAAAGAGUCAUUUGUACUAUUAAUCCAGAGGGUUUCAUCUCCCUAAAUGAAAAUGUGGACAAAUUCUACGCCUAAAUAGGUAAAUAAUUUUUUACAACCACUUUUAAACAUUCAGUAAAGUGUGUUUCGCGAGUGACAAUGUCUGUAGGCGCCGUAUUUGUUAUUAGUUUGUUUUUUACUUGUUGCUAAAUUAUAAUUUAGGUAUUUAAAUUACUGUUGCAUUGUUAACUCUGCAUUUAAGAUAGUUGCGUAGGUUGAGCUACCCUUGGCUACUUCUUUGUAACGCUAAAUGUUUUGUCGUAUAUUAGAGCCACCAACCAAAUAUAUAAUUUUAAAUGUUAAGGGUUUGUGGGUAGACAGAAGUGGUUCUUGUAGAUUAGGAUAUAAUCGAUAGUGAAUGUAUUCAUAUAAACUACUCAUAGGUUCCAUUAACACACUAAUUUAUUAUUUAUUAUUGUACAAUAUUUAUUUUCAAAUAUAUAUUAUUGACAGGGAUUGUAAAAUAAACUGUACAGAGAAGAGGAAGUGGCGAGAGCAUAUACAUAUAGACCAAUAUAUUUUUUCUUAAAAUAAAUCAUUUAAUCAUUUCAUAAA